AUGACCGCCAAUGACCGCCAGAAACCGGGCGCAAGUUUUGCAUUUAAACCUCGGAACAACAUUGCAUCCUGGGAAAAGCCCGACUUCCCCAACUCCUCCUCCCAACGUCCAGCAAAAACCAGUGUUGCCAGAGCGUUUGCAGGCACAGACAGUUUCGAAUCAGGUUCGGCGCUUCGAGACAUAGGCACCAUGGUCAACGAACGACAGCCUCCCAAGGAGGGCCAACCUUCUAAUGCCAAGAGAGAACAAUCUCCAGACGACUUUGAUGCAGUUUUUGAUCAAGUGCAGCGUGGCUUCGGGUCUGUUAAGUCCCAGCAAACGCAGGACAUAGAUCUGCUAAGUCUUGGAAGGAACGCCAGUGUCGGCCACCCUACUUUUGGUCAUCCUACGAAAAUGGUAUCGUCUCGUAAGCAGAAGGCGGACGUUUUCAUCCACCAAAAGAGCCGCCCGGAGCACCACCUUGGAGGCACCAAGAUGUCUGGUCCCAGACCACCGGCAUAUCAAGAUCGCAAGCCUCCUCCGAUGCCCGUCUUUGGGUCCAACGGCCCGUCAAAUUCGAGGGCUCCCUAUGCCGACGAAGUAUUCUACACCGAUCCAAAGAAGGCGAACGAAGAUCUCAAGGCUCUAUUGGAAGGCGGGAUGGAGGAUGACGAAGAAGAAGAAGAACCAAAAGAUGCUGCGGCCUCACAGCCGUCGCAACCACAACCAAAAGGCUCUCAGAGCCAACAUCAAACUCAAGGUGAAGGAACAUCGUCACCAACACAAAAGGCCAAAAAACAGAGUCCUGUCGGCCAGGAUGGUACGGUCAAGGGUCUCAAGGUGAAGCUAUUGCCCCAUCAAGUCGAGGGUGUAGAGUGGAUGAGAGGCCGUGAGCUUGGCCCCGUGAAGCGUGGCAAGGUGCCCAAAGGCGGGCUUCUUGCCGACGAUAUGGGACUGGGAAAGACACUACAGAGUGUCUCACUCAUCAUCACUAACCAAAAGCCCCAAAAGGACAGCACUGGGUGGAAGAAACAUUUUGAGGGCAUUGAAAAAUCGACACUGGUCGUCGCCCCUCUCGCCCUCAUUCGGCAAUGGGAGCACGAAAUCAAGGACAAGGUUGAGGAAUCCCACGGUCUCAAGGUUCUGGUUCACCACGGGCCUCAGAGAACAAAGGACUUCAAACAGCUGGCUUUGUACGACGUCGUCGUCACCACAUUCCAGAUCCUGGUUUCAGAGCAUGGCGCCUCGUCGGAUGCCGAAAAUGGUAUAAAAGCAGGCUGCUUUGGACUACGGUGGUGGCGAGUCAUUCUGGACGAGGCUCACAGCAUCAAGAAUCGCAACGCCAAGGCUACCAAGGCAUGCUGUGCGUUGCGUUCAGAAUAUCGCUGGUGUCUGUCCGGAACUCCAAUGCAGAACAACCUGGAUGAGCUCCAGUCAUUGAUCAAAUUCCUUCGUAUUAGUCCUUACGACGACCUAAAGCAGUGGAGGGAGCACAUCGACCAGCCCAUGAAGAAUGGCAAAGGUCACAUUGCCAUUCGCCGACUACACAGUCUUCUCCGCUGUUUCAUGAAGAGACGCACCAAGGAGAUUUUGAAGAAAGACGGUGCCUUGAACCCUGGUGGCAAACCAAGUGCUGCCGGCGAGGCUUCGACAACGGGUUUCAAGCACACGGAGCGUAAAGUGGUCACUGUCUCUGCCAAACUGCCUCCUGCUGAGCGAAAAUUCUAUGACCGACUCGAGGCUCGUGCAGAUAAAAGCAUGGAGGUGAUGAUGCAAAACAAACUCAGCUACGCAAACGCCUUUACCCUCCUACUGCGGCUUCGUCAAGCCUGCAAUCACCCCAAAUUGGUAGAGGGUAAGCUGGAAAAGGAUAGGGACGCUCUUUCCACCGGCUCCAGUCAAAAGUCGCGGGAUAUCGAUCUGAAUGCUGUUGUAGAUAUGUUCGCAGGCAUGGGUAUUGUGACGAAGACGUGCUCAAUAUGUGGCAGGGAACUGACUUUGAAUGAUACUACGCUGGGUCAGGAGAAUUGUGCCGAAUGCCAUGAUGAUCUGGAGUAUUUCAAGAACCAUGAGGAGCUACAAACGCAGAAGCCAAAGAGAUCAAGAAGAAAGAAGAGCAAGAAGUCAAAGGGAAAGGAAGCAGCUAAAACUAAGGGUGAUGAAGAAGAGCAACCAAGACUACGAACCCGCCGGCCACGAAAUAGAAAUGCCAUCAUAGACAGUGAUGAUGAAGAAGAUGACGGAAGUUGGCUUGUACCUGAAGGUGAGCGCGGCAACGUGCACUUGGGCAAGGCUGGAGGCGAAGAGGAUGAGAAUGCUGAGGGUGGUGGUGACUGGAUUGGAACAGAAGAUUCAGAAGAUGAUGCAGACGAUAAGUAUCAAAGCAAUCUGAGUAGCUUUGUUGUUGACGACGACACGGCCAAGAAGGAGGAUGGUUAUCAGUCCGUUGACGAGGCCGCUCAGGACGAUUCACUCUUGUCCGUGGAUGCUUUAACACAAGCUAUGGCUUCACAAACACUAGAGGACAAGAAACCAAAGCCAGGGGCUCCUACAUCGAAUGCUGGAUCUACUUCUGAAGAGGACGAAGAUUCCGAGUCUGAUGCAUCAGAGUCAGAACCAUACGCCUCUGAAGACGACGAAGAUAAUGGCGGAUGGCUCCGCUCCGGCAAGCAAACGCAAGUCCUCGCAUCAGCCAAAAUCCGCGAGGUGACCAAGAUUCUUCACGCCGAAGCCAAGGAACACAAGUUCAUCGUCUUUUCCCAAUUUACAUCCAUGCUGGAUCUUGUCGAACCAUUUCUCGACAAGGACGGUUUCGAAUAUGCGCGCUACGACGGCAGCAUGAAGAAUGAUGAUCGCGAAGAGAGUCUGCGCCGACUACGCGAAGACCAGAGCACGAGGGUUCUACUGUGCAGUUUGAAGUGCGGUAGCCUGGGGCUGAACUUGACGGCCGCUACGCGGGUUAUUAUUGUUGAACCAUUCUGGAACCCGUUCGUUGAAGAGCAAGCAAUCGACCGCGUCCACCGCCUCACACAAACCGUCGACGUGGUUGUUUACAAACUCACCGUGGCUGAUACCGUUGAGGAGCGAAUUAUUGACUUGCAGAAUAAAAAGCGUGAGCUGGCGGAACAGACGAUUGAGGGCGGCGCCAAGAAGGAGGCCAUGAAGCUGGGUAUCAAUGAGAUUAUUGACUUGUUCAAGCCUGGCGGGCACCAUCAGGACGUGCAGCCAGGGCCAUUGGAGGACAGGAGGAAGGCUGCAGCCGAGCGGGCAGGCGGAGGCUUGUUGAGGCGGAAGCCUGUCAGGGAGGAGAGUGCUGUGUUUGGGAGGAGGUGGUGA